AAAGGGAAAGAUGGAUUCGUUUUCUUCUCCGUCGAGCGGAUCUUCGAGCCAAUUCAAUUCCGAUGUUUUCAAGGACCAGCUCAAGAACCAGCUCGCCCAGGCUUACGCUGAGGAGUUUCUUGAGACUCUAAGGGCAAAGUGCUUUGACAAGUGUGUAACAAAACCGGGAUCAAGCCUGAGCGGAAGUGAGAGCAGUUGUAUAUCUAGAUGUAUGGAUCGCUAUGUCGAGGCCACUGGUAUCAUUAGUAGGGCUCUAUUUAGUGGGCCACCACAAUGAAAAUUUUUGUUUUCUUUUAUGAAGAAACAGUGUCAAAUUCUGAUUGAAAACCUGUUGUUUCA